AUGGCAGUGCUCAAAACCGAUACUAACAAUAAUAUCGAGAGUAAAUUAGCCGACUUUGACAUAACAUCGGUUAAGUGGGAGAGAGGGGUAACCCCUCAAGACAUCAAAGAGAAAUGUCAUGACUUAUGUCAGGACUAUUUGGGAGGCGUUUGGCUUAAGGCUGGCAUCGAUGAGGUGGUGGUGACGAGACUGAGCGGUGGUCUCACCAAUCAGUUAUAUUUAUGUCAACUCAACGAUCAGUACAAGAAUAGUGUUGGAGUCGAGCCCAAUGAGGUGGCCAUACGAUUGUACCAGGGUAAACAUUUUAAUAAUCUUGAUCACGAUGGAAAUGAGAGGCUUACGGAUGUGAUCAUUGCGCUCAUAAUGUCUGAAAAGGGUUUGGGACCCAAAAUAUACGGACUCUUCGAAGGCGGACAAAUACAAAAGUUUUAUAAACAUAAAGGCUUUCGUGUUGAGCAACAAAAUGAUAUAAAACUGGUCCAAGAAUUGGCUCAAAAGUUGGCUCGAAUUCACUCAACAGUUGUUCCCAUAAAGAAGAACUCGAAUUGGAUUUUCGACUUUUUCGACAACACGAGUGCCGAAGCGUACAAACUGUUUGAUAUCAACGCUCUCAUCGAUGAAUGCAAGUGUCAGACAUUCAAAGCGCACGACAUUAGGGAGGAGUUGGAUUGGCUCAAGACAAUCAUCACCGCAAUUGAUUCGCCCAUCACUUUCUCACACAUAGACUUCAGGGGAUCUAAUAUUAUGGUCACAGAGAGUGACGGUAUAGUUGUCUGCGAUUUUGAGUACUCAUGCAAUGGGAACCGGGGCUACGAUUUUGGCACUCUAUUCGCCGAAUGGGGCCGAGAAUUGGCCGACUUUGCCAAACCUCCCAACUUUCCCGACGACUCGGCGUUCAAACCAUUUAUUGAUGAAUACAUCAAAGAGUCGACAAUAAUAUCGGGAAACGACUUCAGCGAAGACCCGAGGAAUAGCUGCGACCAUAUCCUAAAAGAGGGCAAAAUAUUUUCGCUCAUCUCUUAUAUGUUUAUGGUUUUACUGUCUCUCAAAGCGAGCGACUCUUUCGUCUCAGAAAUACCCUUCGAUAAGAAGGAAGCGAUGAUUUUUACCGAUAUGUUUUACAAGCAUUACUAUUUGCUCAAGGAGAAAUUUAUUUUGGACAAAAGUUCAAAGUUUAAUAAUAAGUCAUUUGACUUUCAUUUCAAGUCAAAAAUGUGCCAAAAACUACCGCACCUAUAUCCGGAUAUAGGUGCACCCCUUGUGUGA